AUGGGGAGGUCCAUCAAAAAGCCGAAUCACAUUGCAACCUUGGCCACAUCGCCGCAUUUUGAGAGGAUCGAUUCCUCUUACCUCGUCGAAGAAGAGACAGUGAGCGGCUAUCAGCCCAAGAAUUACUAUCCUGUCAGACUAGGGGAAGUGUUCGACAAUCGUUACGAAACAAUCGGCAAGCUUGGAUUUGGAUCAGCAUCGACAGUCUGGCUCUGCCGAGAUCACCAGAAGGAACAUGAGUUCGUCGCACUCAAGGUCUAUAUCAACAAUUCCAAAUAUCACCGAGAACUUCCCAUAUACGAGGAAAUCAACAAUCUGCACACGAAUCAUGAGGGCCGGAGAUAUCUGUGGAAAAUGUACGACUCUUUCGAGCUGGAAGGACCACAUGGUACGCACAUCUGCCUCGUUCACCAGCCGCUCGGCAUCAGUCUUGGCGAGCUGAAAGAGGUGACUUCGGAUGGCCUCUUCAGCGCCGAUCUUGCCCGACAAGCGCUGCGAUGCAUAUUGACCGGCCUGCAAUUCUUGCACAAAGAAGUCCAAGUUAUACACACCGGUAAGUCGCCCUGAGUCCCCCGAAUAGAGCGUCUACGGAUUCAGCUCAUCCCUACAAUGCAGACCUUCAGCCGUCGAACAUGCUGCUUGGGAUUCACGAUGACUCCGUUCUGGCUAAAUUUGAACAACACGAGUCCGAGAGUCCGUGUCCGCGAAAGGAGCUCGACGACCGCACUAUUUAUGUGUCGCGACCAAUGCCGUUCACGAAGGGAGAACCGUCCAUUACUGAUCUCAGUGAGGCAAGAUUUGGGGAUCGGACACACACCGAUCGAAUCAUGCCCAACGUUUACCGUGCACCGGAGGCUAUACUUGGUCACCCAUGGAGUUAUCCAGUUGAUAUUUGGGGGUUUGGAAUGGUGGUAAGUCUUUUGCUUUAUGCAGCCUUGGAUUCGUGGCUGUUGGUUAUAUUCGAGGCUAACGAAGGUGGCGUGGACGACAGCUAUGGCAUCUCAUUCACCCGAAGCCUCUGUUCUAUCCCCGGGAUUCCAAAGAUCGGUAUUCAGAAGCUCAUCAUCUUGCCCAAAUGGUAGCAGUACUAGGUCCGCCCCCUUCAGAAUUCUUGCAGCGAUGCGGUGAAAAGGCCCGAAAAUAUUGGGAGACCGAUGGUAAGAGUGUUUAGUUUCAACUUGCCGUCCUCUUACCAAAGCCGAAGCCCUGCUGACAUUGUAAAUUAGGCACAUGGAAGAACCUGGUACCAAUUCCAAGUACGAGUCUGGAGCACGAAGAUCAGAGAUUAGAAGGCGAAGAGAAGGAGCGGUUUAUGGCUUUCAUGAGAAAAAUGUUGCAGUGGAAUCCUGAGGAUCGACACGACUCUGAAAGCCUUUAUUGGGACGAGUGGUUGCUAGCUGACUUGAUAGAGAGCGGAGAAGUUGUAAGGGAAGACUGA